AGAACACGUAGAAUACCGAUAAGCAAGCGCAUUGAUAUAUCUGCACCGCUGGCGCUAUAAUUCAUUUUUUUUCAGGUUUUAACAAACCAGUUUGAAAUUGAAUCUGUGUUUAAUAUGCUUAUUGAUCGGUCAAGGUCAUUCUUAUUCUCCUUCUUCGACUUCGCUUUGGCGUUCUCGUUUUUCAUUUAUUCCAAUUCCGCAACUCCUUUCUGACUGCUUUUUCAUCGUAUUUCCUAGCUUGAAUGAAAUGUUUUGCGACUAUGGCUCCUCGCAAAAGAGUGCGUUCUUCCUUCUCGUUGGCGCUUUGCGGCGACUCACAUCGAGCUCAACCGAUACAGAGACUUUCUCGAGUUCUUGGCCUCUACUACGCCUUUUGACGUUGAGAGCAAGGGGAAUGGAACGCCUGGUCGAAUGCGCAGGCCCACGAAGGCCUUGUGACGAUCAAGACCACGGUGCAAGUAUCAGACAUGGCCAUGGGAAGAAAUCGACUCGAAAACCGCGAAGAACGAGAAACAAGAAAAAUCACAUAGCAGGUGGUUUUUUCGGCUUUUUCCGUAGACAGGCUAAGCGUCUCCAAGAUUACAAGACAAAAAGUGCGCACCAUUCAUCCAGAUACUACAGCGCAAGUCGACGCGUCGCUCAUUGUUUCAACGGCAGUUCCAAUGAUCCUUACCAGAUCCUUGGAGUGUCUAGGUCCGCUACGGAAGACGAAAUCAGGAGAGCCUAUAAGAAACUUGCGGUCAAACAUCAUCCGGAUAAGGGUGGAGACAGCGAGACCUUCAAGAAUAUUCAAUCAGCGUACGAAACACUAUCGGAUCCAUCGAAGAAAAGGCAAUAUGAUGCUUAUGGUACUUCUACUUCUCAUGCAGAUCCACAAUCUCGUCCCAUUUUUAACUUUACAACAACAACUUAGAUACAACAGGUAGCAAGUAGCAUGGACGACAACUUAGGAGCCAACAUACUACAUCAUCCACACUUAGGUAGCAUGGGAGGAGGCAUGGGAGGCGGAGGUCCUGGUGGUUCAGGUUCUGGUCCGUUUCAACAGAGCUCCGGAGACCCCUUCGGAGGAUCCACUGGAGACCCUUUUGGCGGAUUUGCAAACGGGAAUUUCCAAGGAAACUUUGGGGAUGAUCCUUUCGAAGCUUUUUCGAGGAUGGGCUUCUCUGAAUUUGCCGAACAAGGCCGUUCGGGUGCGACAAGGCGAGUAGCCAAGCCGCGACCACUGGUGCAGGGGAUUUCUUUAAGGCCACAUUUGAAGAAUUUGGAUUUGCAUAUGGGGAAUAAUGAUUAACGUCCUUCGUUCUGUCUCCUAUUGGUCGUGUUCAUUCCCCUCGUGCUCAUCUAGGGUUCAGUAGAAGAACAUCUUCACUGCCGUGAAGUAAAUGGGCACUACGAGGAUUGCACUCAAGCGUGUACUUGAUGUAGUAAAACUAGUAGUUCUAAUCUCCGUAACCCUAGAACAAAUUUGCCAAAGGCAGGAAGUGGAAGCGACUUAUCGACGGCAAAGAGUGUGCACUAGCUGUAAAGGGCAAGGAGGUGUCUUUCGCGUUUGCGAUGGGUGUGGGGGAUCUGGGUAUCAAGUUAGAACACGGCAGUUUGGAGGCGGGUAUGUCCAAACGCAGGGAACUUGCGGGAAUUGUAGAGGCGCUGGCAAGAUAAGAGUCAAUCAGUGCACGUCUUGUGGUUAUGGUGGAAGAGGAAGUACUAGAGGAAGAAGUGAAAGCAGGUCUAGUACGACCUAAAAGUAGGUAUUCGUCAGCAGACGCUUUCGCUUUGUCGUCAAACAGUUGUACGGAAUUCAUUUUCAGUACAACUACAACAACUGCAGUAGAUUCCACUCCAUCUGCCACAAGUGCCGGCCUCCACCCUCCCUCUCUUUCAUUCUCUCGGCGCCGGCACCUUCAUCGCGGAGGAAGAAGUUAGCCUACGACUAGACCCCACAGUCGAGGAUGGGUAUUCUUUCAAGUUUCCUGACUGUGGGUCUGAAGUUCCAGAUCCCUAUUCUCCUGAAGGAGUGGCUAGAGGAGAUCUGACCCUCAUCGUCAACCUUCAGGCACCAGCUGGCAGGACCUCAGAUGGCGUUCAGACUACACCAGGGUCUUCGGCUUCUUCAAAGUCAUCAUCGUCGUCAUCUCCCUCAUCCUCUUCUUCAUCUUCCUGCUCAACCCCUGCUAGCACAAAAAGAUUGCGCUAUGAGCGUCUGGAAUUCGAGCGCGGCCCUCAGAAUGCGCUCUACACGAAGGUGAGCGUGCCAUUUGGGGAUGCUGUAUGUGGUGAGACGGAACUCGAUUUGAAACAUCCUUGUGGGAAGUGGAUACGACUGAAAUUGCCACCAUCGUUGCAGCAUACGGAUGUCGUUCGUGUAGCGGGAAAGGGCGUCUUCUGGGAUGGUGUAGAUGACACGAGAGGACGAAGAAACGAUAAAACUACGUCGAGUAGGACAGGAGAUCUGUUCGUGAAGUUGAAAGUUUUGAUCCAACAAGGAGGUGGAGGCAGUUCUUCGAUGUCCUCCUCAUCGACACCGACAUCAAGAAUAAGAGGCCCCUUUAGAGAUGCCGCAGAGCGGGAAGCAUUACGCAGAAUUCUGAAUCGAGAAGAAACCCUUUCUGACGUUAUCGAAAGAGAAAUUCGCGAGCGUCAACAGAACAACGCAUCCUCAACAACAUCUGCAUCUUCGACGCAAAAGCACCCUACAGAACCACAGGAAGACUCACAAGGUUCCUCAUGGACGAAUUGGUUCCGUAAUGCUACGGCAUCUUCUUCUUCGGGCAAAACAUCAAGUACCUCUUCAUCAGAUGAUUCUACAAAUGCCAGCAGUGUCCAAGCCAAUGAUGUUUCCCAAGUCUUGCCUGCUGAGAAAGGAACGAUGAAUCGACAUCUUAAGACUUAUCGCGCGGAUCGCGAGAAACGAAAACGGCAAGAGCUCUCGGAUUCAGGACAUCACUUUGGACCAGGUGAUGGAGGAGAACAGAGUUGUCAUGUUCAGUGAGAAGAUGUUUCUUGUUUUCACGCAGGCACUCGUGCCUGCACUUUUGAUCUCAUUGUCGCAACCUGAAGAACCUUCUAUCCCUUCUCUUUGUUCGCCUCGCAUCCCCAAGCCCCCAGCUCCCCCAUCUUCCAAAGUUGUAAUUCAUUGUUCUUAGAGUUAGACUAUAUAGUAGAAAGUUUUUAGGGUUUUGGUGAGUUUCUC